UAAAAAUUAAGCUUCUUUAUACGCUCUAUUAAGUUUUGUCGUUUUUUUUGUAUUUAUAAAAGUAUAAAAACCAUUUAAAUACUAUUUUUGGUUGUCUCUUUUAUUUUUAAGCAGACACUUUUUUUAUUAUGCAUUUUCUAUCUUCCUCUUUCUUCCUCCUUUUUUUUUGAUUAGCAUAUUUUAAGCGUGCGUGGAUGUACAUCUAUAAAUGUCUUUUAAUACAAUAUGUUGCUUACAUUGUCUAUUGUCUUAGCAUAAAUCAUAGUUUCAUGCAUGGACAGUAUAAUUUUGUUAAAAAUAGAAUGUUUAAACAAGAUCUAUUUAUUAGUUAAAAUAUCCGCAAAAGGGUAUAAAAUUUAGUAAAACUAUUGAAUUCCUCUAGACUGCAAGACAAUUUGUCGAAGCCUUUCUGCACAAUAAUCGUUUGGAGAAUGUGGUUCAAGUGAUGGGCUAUCAUCCCCAGUAUUUAGAUGCUUUUCAGAAAACUCAACAAUUCCUGCUUAGGGGAGAUGGUCCCUUGCCACACGAAUAUAGACACUAUAUAGCUAUUAUGGCAAGCGCGCGGCACUACUGUAAUUAUAUCGUAAAGUUGCAUACCUGCGAAUUUAUCAUGCAAGGAGGAGAUCCAGAAUGGCUCGAGGGUAUAGAUAAAUGUCCAAAGAAGCUACAAGACUUGAACGAAUUAAAUAUGUUAAUGGCUCACCAACCUUGGAAGAUUAAAGAUUCCCAUAUUAAGGAUCUAACUAGUGGUCAGCGAAAGUGGACGCUUUCUGAAGUAAUGCAUGCUGUUGUGCUUCUUGCCCACUUCCAUUCGUUGUCGUCAUUUGUAUAUGGGUGCGGCGUUUCUCCUGAGCUCGAUGAUUCGGAUGGUGGCUAUACUUUUUACCGUUCCAAGGAGGAUGGUUCAACAUUGUUCGAUCCUAGCUCUUCGUCAGAUCCGGAAGUUAAUGGCGUUGAGAAUAGUAAUGAAGAAAAGCCGAUAAAAGUCUUAAUGGAGAGUAUGCGACAGCUGCACGAUAAUCCGGAAGCGUCCGUAGAAGAAAAAGUCAAAGCAUUUGAAUCAAUUGAUCCGGCAUUCGACAAGUCGCCAUCCCCACCUCAGUCUGGAGCUCACGAGGAGAGGCAGCGUAAAGAGCAGAAUGCUGAAUUUAUGAAAAAGUUUAUAGACAAUCCAGGUUUUGCUUACGAAGAUUUCUCACAGAGAGACAGAUCAAAUAAUCCCACAACCUUCCGAGCCCAGGAUUUUUCUUGGGAUGAACAAGGCUUUAGUUUAACCAAUCGUUUAUAUCCUGAUCUUGGACAAUACUUGGACGAAAAAUUUAAAAUAGCCACAACCUUAACGUAUUAUACAAUGGGCAAUAAUUUGGAUGUAGACACAACUGCAUUUCGCCGAGCGAUCUGGAAUUAUAUACACUGCAUGUUCGGUAUUAGGCACGAUGAUUACGAUUAUAGGGAGGUUAAUGUUCUUUUAGAAAGAUCAUUGAAGCAGUAUAUUAAAACGAUAACGUGCUAUCCCGAAAAAGUAACUAGAAAUGAUUUUAAAGUAUUCAUGAAAGAUUUUAAGCAAAGUGAAAAAGUUCAUGUUAAUCUCAUGUUACUAGAAGCACGUUUGCAAGGUGAAUUGUUGUAUGCUCUUAAUGCUAUUACGAGAUUCAUGACUUAGUCUCUUUAGCUCCUCUAGUCGUCCAUAGAGUGCAUGCUUAAUAUUUUUGUGAUUUGGAGGCCUAAUCGUUUUCUUUCUCACUCCUAAGCUCUUCUUAUUUCGUAUCUCGACCACUUUUUGGAGAGACGAAAGUAUUUUACUCGUGGCACAAGUGCUGUUUUUAUCUGAUUUGUGAGAAAACGAGAGAACAUAUUCUUUUAUAUACCCGUCAAAAUAAUAAGACAAGAGACAAUAAGCAACUUUAAAAUAAAAAAAAAUUGUACCGAAGGUGACGAAACAAAUUUUUUGUUCUACUUGGUUUUUUUUUUGAACAAUGUCAAAAGUAUUGAGUAUUAAACGUCAAAAUCUAGGGUACUACCACUUCAAGUAUCGGUACAUUGUACACUGUAUUUGCCGUAUUGAUUAUUUUAUGAGAAAUUUUUGUCUUUAACAUGUACAUUUU